GGACCAGAUCCUGGUGAAUGCAGUCAGGAAAUUGCGAAAAUCGCAGUUGCAACUAUUGAAGAAAGACUGACCUUAUGAAUAGACUAAGAUACAUAUUUUACACUAGAUGUUGUGAUCGGAAGGUAUGAAAUGAUUUCCUAAAUAAUUAUUUUCUAGUGGUUUGCUCAUGGGUCGCAGAAUCAGCGCAUUGACCCGUUUUCUACUCUCCUCCGUCGCCCUUCACAUUUUCACACUCUUUCCAGAUCCUUUUCGGAUUGCGAUGUGUCUCCCGACGAACUCGAAUGUGAACACUGUUUGAGCAUUCGCCUCCCAGGCGUAUGGAAUUAUAAACGAAACAAAUCACAUUUGGGUUGAGUGAUAAUGAAAUAAUUUAAUUUGAUAUAUUCCCCUAAACCUCGGAAGGAGUCGGAGCCAAGUAAGACUUUCAUCCGAUCCUGAAGACGGUAUGGUCAUCCGCUGCUGUUUCGGCGUAUUUUAAACAGUAGCAGUGAUUCUUCUUCCACUCGCCCGUCGAGGUAUGCAGCGUUCAACUCCCCCGUACUUCAUCCACAAGCACGCACCCAGUACGUGUUCAUUUUCUUCCCUGCGUCAUGACAGCCAAUGAUGACGUCACAAGAGAAACAGACGCGAGAGCGUAUUGCACCAGUAAUAAACAAGCGGCGACUAGUUUUAUGUUCGUUCUCUGGAUAGAGGGCUGAGAAGAAGUGAUUGAAAAAAACCUCAAUAUUGUAAAAUCUUGCGCCAUUUUAAUCCAGGCGUUUAUUAUACCUGGCGCUUUGCCCCUGACGCCCGUAUACAGCUGAUCCCGACUUGAUAACAAAGGCACCUUGAGGCCUUGAUCAGACUUGUGCGCUUUGGAAACGAUACAUUUUUCUUACCAAAUACUCUAACAAGCUAUGCCACACUAUCGUUUUCGCACAGCUUUCCCCGUCACACUAAAACGAUUGAAUUCUGGCUGAUAAGCCACGAGAAACGGUGAACCGUCGGAAGCAUCCAUUUUCGUUGACCUAGAAUGUGAGCAGGCUCUUAGCGGGAAAAGAAAGGAGGACAGAAAACAGCCUACUCCCAAAGCUAUCGUUCAGCCCAGAACUCUGGAAAACUUUUGCAUAAGGAAGGAGUCGGUCAGUUUGAGGAACAAUUAGAGAUAAAUUGUACGCGAUAACAGAUCGCACUUUUUAAUAAUUUCUGACGAGUGCAUGGCUACCGCCGCAGUGGAGCCGGACCCCUGAUUGUUUUGAGAGAAAGACCGAUUUCGCCGAGCAGAAGCCGAGUUUACGUUGAUUGUUUAUUCGUGUUUUUAUUUACUGCUGCUUCUUAUUAAGUAGCAUUUUAUUUGUCUGAAACCUAGCUGGAAGUUUUACCUGGGAUAUGCUCGCUUUCAUUACAAUGUCCUGAUACUCUGACAACCUUGCUGGGAUGCGACUGAUACAAUUUUCAAAGAUGAACUGACCCGCUUAAAACCAGUCAAAAGCGAGUAUUUACGGUUGCAGUAUUAUUAUCAAUGAAAGCGAUCAGUAUUUUCGAUCGUUUCGGUGUAGACGGAAGGCGAAAACGCUUCAAAAACUUGAACGAAAACGAAGCCCAUGCAUAGGUGUGGACGGGGCCUUAACACAUUCCCAGCUCUCAAAAUUUGGUUUGUUUACUUUUGAUGUUUUCCGUUCUUUGUUGAUGAUGUUUUACUGGCAGGAUCUACAAUAGGAAUGCCACGUCAUGCAUUUGAACAUUUUCUGACCAGAGAUUGUACUCCGUAUGUGCGAGAAAGUAAAUUCACACAGCCUCUUGUCACGUUGUUUACAUCCGGUAUUGCGCUAAGAAGCGUCAUAUCAUUGCGAAACGAAGAUGAGAAAUUCUCCUUUGAUGAAAUUUGAAAUGUUUAAAACUUGGAUGAAUUAAUGUGAAAUUACUUCGUCAAACACGAGUGCAAGAUGUACUUCAAAUUAUCCUCUGUAAUUUAUUUCUUCGGUUAUGCCCUUUCCAUCCUUUUCCGGAACACGUCUCGACAAAAAAUUUGAUACACAUGGUACUUAACAUCCUUACACGUUGAAAGAGUGAUAUUGUGAUUCACAAAGAGAUAGAGACGGUCAUAGGUCGAGUUUACGCAUUGGAUGUUUUAUCGCUGACCCCUAGAACAAUGUCUGAAUUCUACGUCUUUUUGGAGCUGGAGGGAAGAGAUAAGCGAAGAGAUUGUUCGCUGUCUUUCUGGUGAACCGGACCUUUUCACAGUGUUCUACGCAGCGUUUUAUUCAAUACCGGUUUCUUUCCUAUCUGGUUAUCUGCCGGAGCUGAUCAACAUGUAGCCACAAAAAUUGCAGAGUCAUUUAGGGUGCUACAAAUAUGAAAUCGAUAUAUUUCCGCCACGUAGAAUCCGCAGGAAACGUAAUUAUUUAGCUGCCUCCGGCAAACCUCGCAAAAUAUGUUAAAUUUAAUACUUUCAAUUUAAAUUGUUGUCUAGCAUAAAAUCUAGACAAUAAAACUCUGUUUCUCGUGAUCUCCCGUCUCACAAAUGACGAAUUGCAUAUACGCCAAACUUUCAAUUGCAAAAGAAACAAAUAUUGCUCAACAAAAAGCAACCCAUUGAAAAGCGUUUCUGUUUUCACUCGGAAACUGGCUGACAGUUUAAUCUAGUGUUGUCACGUGGUAUCUGUUAAGAAAUUUAAAUACGAAAGGUCGAUCGUUGAAUCAUAGCAUUUUCCCGGGACUGAAGACGCGAUCCGCGUUACAGUUCAUCAAGCAACCGGCGGGAAGCGUUGUGUUUCGGUAGCUGAAGGACAAAAGACACCAAAAUGGGAGGUCUGAAGUUUUUGAUUUGCAACCAGAAGGACAAAAAACCACUGAAUCCCAAAGAGCGGACACCACUUCGCCAACGGAUUUCAUACUGCACCGGCCACAUCUUCAAUGAUUUGUGCUCCGCCGUUUGGUUCACCUAUUUCAUCGUUUACUUCAACAAAGUAGUCGGCCUUUCCACUACAGAAACAGGCCUUCUUUUCCUCAUCGCACAAGGAGCCGAUGCCGUUCUUACGCCUUUCAUGGGCAUCGGCUGCGACCGGCUUGUCAUCAAACGUCUCGCUCGUUACGGCAAGAGAAAAACCUGGCAUUUGUUUGGCACAAUUUUUGUAGCGAUCGCAUGGCCAUUUAUCUUCAGCCCUUGCUUGGCGUGUUCAGAUGAGAGUCCCAAUUGGUUACCGCUGGCGUACUAUUCUGCUACAGUUGUAAUCUUCCAUGUUGGUUGGGCCGGUGUACAGAUCGCGCAUUUGUCACUCAUCCCAGAGAUUGCCAAACGACCUGGUGAAAUUGUGGAAUUGAACGCUGUAAGAUCUGGUCUAACGUUUGUUUGCGGUAUUUUCAUCUAUGUGGUCACGUGGAUUUUGCUCGGGCAAGCGAGCGAGGAAGGCAUCAGUCACAGCCUGUGGAAAGAAUUCACGCAACUCAGCCUGAUCGUUGUAGGAACAGGGUUUCUAUUUUCGUUCGUGUUUCACUGGGGCACUGUUGAACCUGCGUCUUCAGCAGGGACCCGCAGAGAGGAGCAGGAACAAGAAUCAGUGGACGAGCAGUCUUCUGAACAAAGUCUCUGUGUUGACAUAGUGGAGAGAGAAGCAGUGCCACACAAACCCAAAACAUGGCGACAGUGGUUCAAAGAUCCUCGUUUUUACGCGAUGGGUGUUGUUUACACGUGUACACGUAUUACAGUAAAUGUUUCCCAAUCGUAUUUUCCAUUUUAUCUGACGGAGACGCUUCAUUUUCAGAAGGAGGCCAUUGCAUAUUUCCCCCUAGUCAUACUGAUCAGCGGUGCUUUUGCAAGUGUCAUUGUCAAGAAAAUCAGCAAGAGCCUGGGUACCAAGUGGACCUUUUGUAUAGCCUGCAUAGUUGUCCUUGGUGCAUGCGCGUGGUUCUAUGUUCAGACUGUUUCUGGUCGUGAUGGUGUGUACGCGGCCGCGUUCAUUAUGGGCUGCGGUAAUUCUGUCAUGCUCGUGACUGUGUUGUCCAUGACCGCUGACAUGAUUGGAAUCGACAAGGCCUCUGGAGGUUUCGUUUACUCUGCUAUGGGUUUCUUGGAUAAAGGAUUCGUCGGAGUGGUUGUCCUUAUCAUACAAACGUUCUACCCCGAUAGCCCUGAAGGGUAUGUAUUAUCCUGGAUGUCGUGUUCGUUGAUUAGCUACCACCGUGACAUUCACUUUAAUUUUCUUUAAUUUCUUACGCCCCGUUCACACUACGCCGGAGAAAUUUGAA